GCGCGGGCUGCGGAGAGGCGGGCCGGGCCAAGCGGACGAGCGGGAGUGCGGCGCCCCGGAGCCGGCGGGGACGCGGGCCGAAGGAUCCAGGCCCGCCUCGGAGCGGCCCCCGCAGCGCUCGCCGCUCGCUUCGCUCCACGGCCGAGCCCGCCCGGGGGCCGCGCGCGCCGGAGCCCUAGGCCCAGGCCGCCUCGCGCGGCGCGGUGAGUGGGGGCGGGGCACGCGGCCGGAAGUGCGGCGCUUUGUGCGGCGGGACGGGCGGCGCCAAGUUCUUGAAAUCAUGAAUCCUGUCUAUAGCCCUGGAUCUUCUGGGGUUCCCUAUGCAAAUGCCAAAGGAAUUGGUUACCCAGCUGGUUUCCCCAUGGGCUAUGCAGCAGCAGCUCCUGCUUAUUCUCCCAACAUGUACCACGGCGCGAAUCCUACCUUCCAAACAGGCUACACUCCAGGCACACCUUACAAAGUGUCCUGUUCCCCUACCAGCGGGGCUGUGCCACCGUACUCCUCUUCCCCCAACCCCUACCAGACUGCUGUGUACCCUGUGCGAAGUGCCUACCCCCAGCAGAGCCCAUAUGCACAGUUGUCUCUUUUCUCCUCACAGCAGGGCACGUACUACACACAGCCACUGUAUGCCGCACCCCCUCAUGUCAUCCACCACACCACCGUGGUGCAGCCCAAUGGCAUGCCAGCUACAGUGUAUCCUGCCCCCAUCCCUCCUCCCAGAGGCAGCGGCGUCACCAUGGGCAUGGUUGCCGGAACCACCAUGGCCAUGUCAGCAGGUACCCUGCUGACUGCUCACUCCCCAACUCCGGUUGCCCCUCACCCAGUCACCGUGCCCACAUACCGGGCCCCAGGAACCCCGACGUACAGCUAUGUGCCCCCUCAGUGGUGAUCACCCUGCAGACAGAUGUUUGAGGAUGGAGCUGUGCAGUCACAUCAUUGAGGUUCUACAGCUGGUGCUGCAGGCUUUGUGCCUCCAACCAGGACUUUCUUCUUACUGCUCUCCACACUUAGCUAAACACGACUCCGUCCUGGUCCAGCAGGUCCCAGUGCCGUUAGUUUCCAGCUAACUCUGUGGGUUGGUCUUAAAGCAAAUCCUGUUUUGUGGUCUGCCUGGCAAUUUUUAGCUAACUGUAAUAAGAAGGGAGUAUUAAUCUAUUCUGAAUCAUAUCUAGUUGAAUGCAUGUUAAAAACACAAAAACCAAGCUUGCUCAAUCUACCUGCAGUGACUGAUGCAAAACCAUCAUAUGCAAAAUUCAAAGGAAUGGACAUAUAUUUUACAACUUGUAUCACUAAUGCACUGUUGUAAUGUAUGCAGUCUUACUGUUAAUAAGUGUUCAAGUGAAUUUCUUCAUAGAGCAUUGAAUUACCUUAGAUGAUUCUUCAGCCUUUUGAGGUUGAUGUGGGUAGCCAGCUAGGGAUGUGGACUUUUAGUUUUCUGUGGUCCGUUUCUUUGACACUGAUUGCACCAAGAUGGAACUGCAGGGACAGAGAGAGUGUAGGGAGGCUACAGUGGCUCAAGAGCAGUGGUUAUGGGGUGUCCCUUUCUGUUCAGCCUUGGAGGGGUCAGGCAUAGGGACAUGCUUCAAGAUCAUCAUAAAACAUUAGAGCGGUGUGGCCAGGACACUUAGGGGCGAGGGUGGUCUGUGUUUAAACCAAGUAUUUUCUCUGCCAUCUAAGUUUUCAUUGCACAUCUCUUACAAAGAAGGAUGAUGUUUUUUAUAUCUUGUGUAGAACUAGAUUAUUUUCCUGGGAUGGAAGGUAUGUGAAAGAGAAACAGGCCCAUUUGGAGCAGGUAUCAUCUUCUCCUUUAGCUUAGAAUGUCAUUCCAUGUCGUCUUUUCCCAAGAAAUGUUUGAGUCAGUUAAAAAAAACUUAUGUGUUGCUGUUUCUUUCACACAGAAUGGCAAAGAUACCAGCUGUGUGUUAUGGAGGGUGUUGUAUACUUACAAAUGCUUAAAAGGGAACAAAACUAUUUUAAAUUACUCCUGUUUAUUGAGAGGCAAGAUCAUGACUAGGUCUGCAAAUGUAAAGAUACAGCUUAUCCUGAGGUUGUCCACAUGAUGACGACUUGACUCAGCUCCUGUCUGGCUUGUAGAUGCCUAGGAUCAGGGAGCCAAGGGCUGUGCCUAGAGGGUGGGCCUCUUCUGCCACCUCUUGGAGCUGUAGGCACUCGGUGCCAAGCAUGUGGGACAGCACAUGCGGUCUGGCAGAAGUGGAAAGCAUUUGCCUGCUGAUGUCUGUUAUAGAAAAGAUUUUGAGUUUAAAAUCUGAAUGUUGUACAUAAGAAAUCAAGAGGGGAAUUUUUUUUUUUUUCCUAAUAAGCCUGACUGAGUGACAGGAGUGGCUGUCUGUUCUCAGUGGGGUCAGAGGGCUAGAGGUUGAAAGACUUGCUCCCUUUUAGGGGUCUGUCAGGUGGGGCAGGUGCACCUUUUCUCCCACUCCCAUGUUGCCUGUGUGCUGUGGUCUUCAGCUGGGAAGAGAGACCAUGCUGCUGCUGUCUGGCAGCUUGGUCAGGGCCCGGGUGCUGGGUAGAGGUCGCUCCAUUGACAGCCAUCCUGGCUGGCAGGUGGAACCCUUGACCACUGAGCCUUUGGUAAUCUUAUUUUUUAUAGUAAGUACUUGUCGUAACUUUCUGUUUUUUCACAUAUUAUAAAUUUGGGAAUAUUUUUGCAUGGCUCAUUAUAAACAAGAAUCCUUAUUCCUAGUGUCCAUUUACAUAGAAUGUUUACUCUUAAGUACUUUAAAUUGUUUCCUGAGCACUUAACCUGUGUGUGUGUGUGUGUGUAUGUGUGUGUGUGUGUGUGUGUGUGUGCACGCACGCGUGUGUGGUGUCAUUUACCUUGUGUGUGAGAACACAGAGUUGUGUUCAUUUCUGCAAGUCUGUUAAUUGCAUCUACAUAAUGGACGAUUUGCAAUGUUGGUAGGUUCCAAGGGUCCCAGGGACUCAACUGAUUGAUGGAGAAGGCAUUUUCCUCAAUUGAAUGAUAAUACACAGGAGAACAUAUUAAUGAUUUUAGUGUAUGCUUUAUAAAAGCCCCUCACAAAAAUAGAGACACAGUCAUGCCCUUGACCCAUAAGGGGUGGUGGUAUCCAGAAUCAGGACAACAUUCUAAGAGCUUGCAUGGACUGUCUCGGCCUGUGUGAGAGGGGCACACACACAGUGAGUGUUCUCACAAGUGCUAAGUUGGAGGAAGUUUUGCAUCCCCCGAUGCCCAUUUAUACCAGCUAUAUGAACACCUUUGUUCUCUAUAAUAAAUUUUUCCCCCUUUUGUAAGGCUGAAUUGGGAGACUAUCAGAUACUUCUGCAUUGUACAAUAUGUUUCAUGAAAAUCUUUCCAAUUUUGAAACUUAUCAGGGCAUCAGGUAUCAGAUCUAUGAAUGGUAGAUGAUACCUACCAGCUAAGAAUCUAGACUUAUAAUAGUAAUAAAACUGUCAUCGGUUGUAUUCUGUUCUAGUAAAGUUAAUUAAAUAGUACUUGGGUCAAUAAUCUGUUACAAAGCUGUAUAGUUUGGUAUCCCAUGAAUAUUGUGCAACAUUCCAAGGACUUUUGCUUUUUAUACGUGUGACAUUUCUGAUUUGAGAGAUCUUCAGUUGAAUUACUUGUUCUUUGAGAAGUUGAGACAGGAAGCAAAAGACCUAGUUCUUGUAGAAAUGGGCAUCGCUAUGGAUAUCUAGACAUUUUUUGUGUUCUCUACCUGCUCCCCUGAGACUUGGGAGCUGCUUCUUCAGCUAUGUAGCUGCUGCUGUUCUCAGCACAUAGAAACGUAGUUUGUAGCCAAUUGGAGGCUGAUUGAUGUCAAGCAGUGCACAUAUUCCCUGACACAGUGGUGAGGCCACAGGGCCAGAACCAGUUAUGGUAACAAGCAUGGAAACGUUUCCAGAACCUUUUAUGCUUUAAGGUGGACAUCUUUCAAGAAUGUUCUUGUUGGUGUAGUUACGGCCUACCAGUUGUUAUUCUGUGGAACCCUUUCCCAAGUGCUAUGCAAAUGUAUUUUCAGGAGGCAGGGACCUGAGCUAGGCACCAGGCUGCUGAGUAUCCAGCCCCUAGUGCCUUGCUCCAUCUGCUGGUGUCAUCCUUCUAUGAUAGGCGGCCAGGAAGUGAGUUGCAUGUGUUCUUGGAAGAUGUGCCAGUGAGAGGACACACUUUCGGAGGGCAGUUCGGAACACACUGACCUCCAUCAGCAUAGUCCUUGCAUGGGCUUUCCUGAUCUGAUCGAGUAAAUGUCGGCCUGCUUUGCACAGGAACUCCAGACUUCACCUGUGUCUUUGAACAUUCAGAUACAGUAUUGCUAUGACCAAUUGGGCCACCUUCUCUCAUCUGGCAGCUGACAGUUGGCUGCUCCAAUUGUAGUUGGCCUGGCACUGCCUGGCGGCACAGGACCUCCCAUGGGUGCAACAGCAGGUGGGGCAGCCACUGGUCCUUCUCUCUGGUGCUUUCUAAGGGGGUCUAGUAGGAGUAUAGUUGGCUUAGGGAGGGCACAGCUUAGCAUUCUUGUUUUGCAUAGGUCUGUGUGUGUUUCUCUGCUGCCUGCUGCUCCACCCGAGCUUCUCCAAGGCUGGCAGACUUCUGAGUGCACUGCAGCUGUCGUGCCCAGGUGAGGAGGGCGUGGUCUAGGUAGAAACUUGUAAAGUGAUCUUAUAUGUUUCAAGGUUUGUCUCUCUUCCUAUCAGUUCAUUUGAAGAAUGGAAACCCUGUGUGAUAACCUGGCUUUAGUCCAAAGGACUAAUAGCUGUUCCUCAGAACCCUGAGACAGAGGAGCGGAAUCUCUCCGGGGAGCUGCAGUGUACUUCAGGAGGGUGGGCAGCUCCCUGUCAGAGGGCCUUGGGCUCUGGCACAAGCUGGUGUGCAGUAGUAGGAGGAAUGGGGCCGCUGGAUGGAGCUUGUGCUCCAGGGGGCUGUGGCAAGGCCCCACCCAGGGAGCCCUGUGGGCUGUGACUGGAUGGGAGACAUUUCCUUUUUUUUUUUUUUUUUUUAAGUGAUUUUUAAAUACUGUUUUUUACACUGUUCUCUUGGUACUUUUUUAAGCUCAAGUCAGCAUUGUCUUCCAGUGUUAAAGGCGCCCCUUGCCUCUGCGUUGAACUUCCAUGUCAUAUAAAGGAGCGGACCACCCAUCCUGAGCCAGUUCAAUUAGGUGUCAAUUCACACUAUUUUAAUUUUUUAUGCAAUCUGAUGAGUAGAUGAACUCAGAUUUAAAAUUCUUAAAGGCACGUUUAUUGUAACGAAUUGUUAUGUAAUAAUACUGCAGUUUUCAAUAAAGAUUGACUUGUGUUGCA